AUGUCAGCUCACAACGUCCACCUGGAGCCGGAGCCGCUACUCCUUACUCCACUAUCCCUAGAAUCUCAGCAAUCUCAGGCAUUUUUACCACCGACGCAGGACACCGACGCUGGUAACACGACGUCCGCUGCAGAGCAAUCUCCCAAUGACCAAGACUCGGCGUUUGUUAUCCGACAAGCAGGGGGUACUUGCGACUCAGCUGGACUUUCACCUGAAAAAGAGAACCCUGCUUUCAUACAAUGGAGCCUGGAAAUCCUCGUGCUGCUGUUUGCUGGCGCCAUCUUUAUGAGCAUCUGCCUCAUCUUGGACCAUUAUGAUGAUGAGAUUUUACCAGACUGGGAAGACCUCUAUAUCACACUCAACACCCUCAUCUCCGUUCUUGCCACUAUCUUCCGCACCGCGAUUGCAUUCGUCGCCUUUGAAAUACUUGCCCAGCUGAAGUGGGAAUGGUUAUCCAAUUGCUUUCGUCCCCUCUAUCAUGCCCAAGCCUUUGAUGCAGCUUCGCGUGGUGUUUAUGGGUCCCUUCGUCUCAUCCCCACUGUAGCUCGGCAUGAGCCGUUCUCAGUCGCAGCAAUCGCUAUAGCUGUACUAUCUCUCGGUAUUGGAUCCUUCACUCAGCAAUCGAUUCAGACAUAUCAGUGCCUGAGAAAACCAUCACACGACCACGAUCCUGCGUUCAUAAAGAUUGCGAACAUCGUGGACAAGUAUGAUCUGACUGACGGGUGGGUGAGUGGAGGCAAACCUACCCUGAGGAUGAAUCUCAAGACGCAAGUCAUUAUACAAGAUGCAUUUGUGAAUCGGGUUCAGGCUUAUAACCUGGCGCCGCUUUUCAAAUGCUCUUCGGGAAACUGUAACUUUCCGAAUAUUGCGAGUUUCACAGAAGACAAAGAGGACAAAUCGUACUCUCAUGCGAGCCUCGGGAUUUGCAACAGCUGUUUCGAUAUCAGAAGCCUCGUCAAAGGACCAAUGGAGUACAACGAAACGAUUGACGACGUAAUAGAUACUCGGACAAUAUUCGAGUUACCUUUUGAAAUCCACAACCCGUGGGACGGGCACGGCCUUCGAGGGAAACCCAGGAUCACUGGCACGAACAGGGACGGCUGGCGGGUGAUGACCACAACAACAGUGGAGGAUUUGACAUGGGCAGAAGGUAUACUCACAUCAGAGUUUCUCAAUCUUGCUCAGAUAUCAGUUGCCAAUCUCACCGUCCUUACAACGUCGCGGAGCGGCUGCACACACACGGAUGGCAAUUGGUCCUGUCCCCAUGACUGCGGGGAAAGCACAUUGGAAGAUGACAACAUAUGCCUGCCCCGCAACGAGGAUUCGUAUGACCCUGUUGCCGCCAUUUGUACCCUUUAUCCUUGCCUAAAGUACUACAAUGCGACUGUGGAGAAUGCCCGACUUCAAGAAACAGUAGUCCAAGAAGUCCCACUACAGUUGCACGGUCGCGGAUCCCUUUGGGAAAAGUUGUUUGACUUGAGGAAGCCAGGCAACGUCUCGUUCGCCGCCAUUCAACAGCCAUGCCCGGUGGAUGGAUUGAGGUAUACUGAUAAGAACAUAACGCUACGCUCAGAUCUUGACCAGGACAGCGUAUAUGAGGGAGCGAGUUUGGUUAACACCACCGCUCCACCUGAAUGUCUAUUCGAGAUGUCACAAAGUAUCUGGGUAAGUCUCUGCAAUGAACUCUUACUUGGUCUGAACUCAAACUGUACUUCAAUGAGCGACAGGGGAGUACAAUGUAGGGUCAGUCGUAGUGAAGAUGAAGCUGGUCAUCCGGAUAAUGGUAUACCAUCGUAUCCUGCACACAUGGCAGCACUAUACCACAAUAACAACGCAUCCAUCGACAGCAUCAACAACACGCUUAACGCUCUGGCAGAACGACUGACAACCGCAUUUCGACUAGAUGGGAAAAGCAUAGGAUUAGAAGAAAAGGCACAGGUGGAGGGAGAUUUGCUAGAGACCAAGAUCUGCGUCAAGUAUGUGUGGCAAUGGCUCAUCUUUCCUGGAGCACUGCUGGUUUCAAGCACAGCUCUACUUGUGGCAAUGGUGGCCAAGGAUACGGUGGCAAAGAAAGCCAGCAUUUGGAAGAGCUCCAUCUUACCAAUUUUGCUUAAAGAUCAUCCUGGAACGCAAAAUACAGGUUUGGAUGGACUGGAAGAAGUAGCGCAAGGGUUAGAGAUUAAGUUGCAGCGCGGAAACAGCCAGUGA